CUCUUCCCGGAAGUGAUUGGUUGGCAUUGGCAACGAUUUUUUUUUUAGCCACAUCUUUCGGCGUACUUAGUCUUUGAAUAAAUAAAUAAAGGAUAGAAAUCUACAAAGUUUAGGACGUUCAAAUUGUCGCAUCGCUUUAAAUCGACUCACCACAGAGGAGCAAGGAGCGAGUACAGACUGCAAACAGAAUGACCAGCUCAUCUGCUCCCAGGAUGGUGAAUAGUUACAAGAGGACCUCAAGCCCCAGAUCCCCGACUAACAGUGGGGAGCUGUUUACUCCAGCUCAUGAGGAGAAUGUGCGCUUUAUACACGAUACCUGGCAGUGUGUGCUCCGAGACAUCAGAUCGACACAAAACAGCGAACGCAAUGACCGCGGACCGCAGGAGUAUGUGGAGAAGAACCCGAACCCUAACCUACAUUCUUUCACACCAGUGGACCUGAGUGACCUAAAAAAGCGCAACACACAGGACUCCAAGAAGUCUUAGUUUUUUCUGUUAUGUUCCUGUUACUUUUUUUUUUUUUUUCAUUAUCCUCAAGAACUUUUUAUUUCUCUGCCCUUUUGACAGCCAGAAACUUGACCCUGUUGGCAAGUCUAACUCAAGAAUACAAAUCUCAUUUGUAUACAAUGGACCAUAGCAACCCGUUUCCGUUUUUUUUUUUUUACCCUUGACCACUCACAAAACGAAACAAAAAACCCAGGGGUUUUGUGGGGAGCAGAUUCUCUCUUUUCGGUGUUUUCAGGCAACAGAAUCUUCAUAUUGACGCUCUUUGUGUGGAAGAGUGCUCAGAGGGUUCGUCAAAGUACGCCGACAACUGGAGAACAGAGUGACGCUUCAACGGGACACAAAGACCGACGUCUUAAUCAACAGUAAAACUAUCGUUCUGGAAAAUAGAUUAAAUUGUGAAACAAUGACAUUCGGGAACAUUUUAUGCGCAAGUAUCGGAAGCCAAAAAUGCAAUGUAGAUGGCCAACGUUUUUAUUAAAUGAUCUGUUGCCCCUGGUGGAUUUUAUUUUGCAGAGUAUACAGGUAAACCCCUCUAUUCAAAGCCUUGAAACGAAAAUGUUGAAUAAAAGACUUUUACAGUA